CACCCACCCCAUCCACGCGUUCAGCCCAACCAUUCUCUCCCAUCCAUCCUUCCCCUCUUCGCUCCUCCGACUCUGAGCAUUCAUCUUGCUCUGGCGACUCGACGCCGACCCCUCGCUCUUUCGACAGUGCAAGCAGCGGCACUGACUCUGACGACUCGACAAGCAGCGCCAGCGCCAGCGGCCAAUCUUCCCCAACGUCUUGCGCGCGCCGUAAGCUUUUGGAAAAAGUCCACUACCACCAACACCACCACUCGCCAUCGUCCGAUCGUCAACACCUCCCUUUUGCUCCAUCUGCAUCUACUGCGAGUCGUACCACUGCUCACGUCCACCCUCAUAGCGACGCCCCGCCAGUCUUCUUCUCUCCCAGCGGUGGCCACUUUCUCUACGCGCUCCCAUUUGCCAUCCCCCAUUCUUACCCCUCCUUCCAUCCGUGUCCCACCAGGGCCUCUAGGACCCGUCGCUAUCUGGGCAUGAUACGUUCAACCGUACGCUCGGCGCUUGUCGGGCUCUCGACCAUCUGCGCCUCGGCGCCCAUCGAGGUCGUCACCGCCACCUUUGUUAUCGUUACCCUCAUAUACUUCCAGCUCCUCCAGGCCAUCCGCGGUUCUGAUUUUUUCAACCUUCCCGUCGCCGCGCCGCCCACGCGCCCCGUCCACCUUGCGCGUCUUGCCAACGGCCUUCCUGCCGAUGGUACGACUGCCCACUUUGGCCGUGCAGAAUAUGCGCACACGCCCCUGUGGUCGCGCUCAAAUCAGCACUGGUCGCCCCUCUCUGCUGCCGACUUCCAGAGCGCGAUCAAGAUUAAUGCGCUAGAGGGUGGCUACAUUAUUCCCAAGGAGGAGGGAGGCAACAAGGCUGGUGAAUGCGCGUCGAUCGCCAUCGUCAAGCCCUUUGCUGUGCUGCGUGAGGAUGGCUCAGAUGCGGCUGCAGAGGAGUGGCGUCAGUGGCUCCUCAAGGACCUGGCUGUUACUGUCCGCGACAAGACGUACACGUACGCCGACCUGUGUUACGGUGCCAACUGCGCGGGCGCAGCUGCGCCCAAGCUAGAGGCGCACCCCCUGCACUCGGACCAGAUGACGCUCAACCUCGUCCUCCGCGCACCAGCCCCCGGCACCCCGACCAUGACCUACCUUGAGCGUCUUGCUCGCCUUCCCACUUUCACCGCCCCCAGCACCAACACGACUGUCCGCGUUCUUCCUCCCGCCACUGAGCCUCCCCGAUGGGCUCUUCUGCCUAACAUUGACGGUGGCGGUCUCUUCUCGGGCCUUGCCGAAAAGCGUGGUGCCGACGCCGCGGACCAGAUUACGGUCAUUCGCAACGUGCGCUGGUUUGCCUACGCUGUCCGUGCGCUCGUGCUUCGCUUCUACACGCUUGCCAAGAACGCCGACUCGGCCGACGUUUUCGUCGUUCUCCUCGGCUACGUGCUCAUGCACGCGUCCUUCGUCAAGCUCUUCAUGAACAUGCGCAAGCUCGGUUCCCACUUCUGGCUCGCUCUUGCUACGCUCGUGUCAUCCACUUUUGCCUUUGUUACUGCCGUUUUCUGCGCGUACAUUUUCAACGUCCCUGUCGACCCUAUUGGUCUCUCCGAGGCAAUUCCCUUCCUCGUAAUCACCGUCGGCUUUGACAAGCCUUUCCGCCUGGCGCGCGCCAUCUUUGAGAGCCCCGACAUUGCCCCCGUUGCCGCCUCGCCUGACGUUUCCCCGAGCUUUGACUUCUCGGACGAGCCCAACGCGAACGGCCUCGACCUCUCAACCCUCCACCGCGAGCUCGCUCCCCUCGAGCGUCUUCAGAAGCUCGCUGACGGCCGCGGCAUUCGCUGGGUUGUUCCCGUUGCGGCCAACCAGGUCGUGAUCAACGCCGUCAAGUCGGUUGGUAUGUCGAUCGUUCGCGAUUACGCGCUUGAGAUCGCUAUUCUGUCCAUUGGCGCUACCUCGGGCAUCGGUGGCCUCCGCGAGUUCUGCUACCUCGCUGCCAUCCUCAUGGCCAUGGACUGCCUCUUCCUCUUCUCUUUCUUCAUUGCGAUCCUCGUUGUCAUGGUGGAGGUUCACCGCAUCAAGCUCAUCCGUGGCAAGCGCAGGAACAAGGCCUCCAUCAAGCGCUCGGCUUCGAGCAUGUCCCUUGCCAGCGCCACUGAGUCGCCUAGCCCCUCCAAGACUUCGUUCUGGGGUGAGGGCAAGGACCCACGCGAGGAGGACGGCCAGCCGUCCAACCCCAUCCCGCGCCUCAAGCUCAUCCUCAUCAUCUCAUUCCUCGUCCUGCAUGUCCUCAACCUCUGCACCACCCUUACUGAGAAGACCGCUCUCAAGCGUCACCUCACCCACAACGCACCCACCCCCCGCGUCGACUCGCGUGCCUCAGACCUCUCUCCCCUCCUCGAGGCCUUGUACGCCGCGUCGCCUCCCAACACCGACAUGAUCGUUCAGAUCGUUACCCCCACCCAGAUCAUCAUGUCCAAGACUGGCCCGGCCGUCUCGCGCAUCGACUCGAUUGACAGCUUCAUGUCCGAGUGGUCGACGCUUGUUGGUGACCCGGUCAUCUCCAAGUGGGUUGUUGUGCUCCUCGUCAUCUCGGUCCUUCUCAACGGCUACCUCCUUAAGGGUAUUGCCCACAACUCGAUCGGUGGCAAGGGCCCGGUUGCGGCUGCUGCCCAGGCCCUAGUUGGAGUCUUUGACAGCCUCGAGAUCCCCAAGGACAAGCGUCCCCGCUCGGCAUCGGACCUCCAGAAGUACCGCGCCCAGCGCGCCACCGAUGCUCGUAGCAAGCUCAUGGGUGGUCGCCCCGCGGCACCGGUCGCCACUGAGGGUGACAAGACCCCUAAGACCAAUGGCCAUGCCAACGGAUAUGCCAACGGCCAUGCCAACGGUCACGCCCACCUCGGUGCUGGCCUUGUUGUACCCCAGACCCCCAAUGUUCCGCUCAUCUCGGAGCCAAUGCCCAAGUCGGAUUCGGGCGAAGUCAAUGGCACCCCUAGCCACAUGACUUUUGUCGGUCGCCGCUCCAUCGAGGAGUGCGUUGAGAUCUUUGCUGGCGGUGUUGGCGCCAACAAUCUGUCCGACGAGGAGGUCAUCAUGCUUGUGCAGAAGGGCAAGAUUGCGCCUUAUGCUCUCGAGAAGUCGCUCAAGAACCUUGACCGUGCCGUCCGCGUCCGUCGUGCCGUCGUCUCUCGCGCGUCUCUCACCCAGACGCUGGAGCACUCGGCUCUCCCCAUGAACGACUACGACUACAAGACUAUCAUUGGCGCCUGCUGCGAGAACGUCAUCGGUUACAUGCCCAUCCCCGUCGGUGUCGCCGGCCCUCUCAAUGUCGAUGGCCAGCUCCUUCACAUUCCCAUGUCGACUACCGAGGGGACUCUCGUUGCCUCCACAUCGCGUGGCUGCAAGGCGCUCAACGCUGGCGGUGGUGUUACCACUGUUCUCACCCAGGACGCCAUGACCCGUGGCCCCGCUAUCGACUUCCCCAGCGUCAAGCUCGCAUCUGAGGCUAAGAUUUGGAUCGACUCGGAGGAUGGCUUCAACACUCUCCGUGACGCGUUCAACUCGACCUCGCGCUUCGCUCGCCUCCAGAAGCUUAAGACGGCUAUGGCCGGUCGCACGCUCUACGUCCGCUUCGCCACCUCGACCGGUGACGCCAUGGGCAUGAACAUGAUCUCGAAGGGUACUGAAAAGGCGCUCGAGGUCCUCCAGCGCCGCUACCCGGAGAUGGACGUCCUCGCGCUCUCGGGCAACUACUGCACGGACAAGAAGCCUGCCGCGAUCAACUGGAUCGAAGGUCGUGGCAAGAGCGUUGUCGCUGAGGGUAUUGUUCCUGGUGCUACGGUCAAGAGUGUCCUGAAGACGACUGUCAAGGAGCUCUGCAACCUUAACAUGAAGAAGAACCUCAUCGGCUCUGCCAUGGCUGGCUCCAUUGGUGGCUUUAAUGCGCACGCCGCAAACAUCCUCACCGCCAUCUACCUCGCUACUGGCCAGGACCCAGCACAGAACGUCGAAUCGUCCAUGUGCAUGACUCUCAUGGAGCCGAUCAACGACGGCGAGGACCUGCUGAUUACGUGCUCUAUGCCCUCAAUCGAGGUCGGCACUGUUGGCGGUGGUACUAUCCUUGGCCCCCAGCGCGCGAUGCUCGAGAUGCUCGGCAUCGCAGGCGCACACCCCACUGCGCCCGGCUCCAACUCGCAGCGCCUUGCCCGCAUCAUCUGUGCGGCCGUCAUGGCCGGCGAGCUGUCGCUCAUGUCGGCCCUGGCCGCCGGCCACCUCAUCCAGGCGCACAUGAAGCACAACCGCUCCGUGCCCGUCACACCUGGUGCCGUCACACCAUUUGGCGGCAUCACGCCCAUCCGCGAGGAGAUGCUCAUUAAAGGCAAGCUGCGGGGCAUCAGCCCUACACGGUUGCAGGCUGCCAACAAUGCAGCGGUGAAUAGCUCAGGGCCUCUACCGGCCGCGAGAGUCUCGCCGAGUAAGCAGGGCAGUUCCGGGUGGCCUGGGCAAUAGGGGAGAGGGGAGAGGGAGAGAUCUUGAGAGAGAGGAGGGCGAUAUACACUAUACCUACCUGACCUAGUAGCAUUGCAUCUCAUGGCAUGGAGUUUUGACAUGG